AUGAAGCUUGCCUUCAUUGACGGGUCGUUUCCUCAACCACCAACUGGAUCCGCUCUGUUUGAACAAUGGAGAAGAGCAGAUCUCAUGGUGACAUCUUGGCUCUGGAACUCAAUCUCGAAACAAAUCGUGGAGGCCUUCAUGUAUCUAAGUUCUUCGUUAGAGUUGUGGCUAGAAAUUGAAAUGAGAUAUGGACAAAGUAGUGGUCCAAUGAUUUACCAGAUACAACGUGAGAUUUCAUCUAUUUCACAAGGUGAUAUGACAUUAACCUCCUACUUGACUAAAAUAAAGAAGUUGUGGAAUGAAUUGUUUUGCUUAGCCCCUUCCCCGAAAUGCACUUGUGGAGGUUGUGUUUGUGGAAUUAACAAAGCAAUUGGAGAGAUGUAUUCACCAAUUCAAUUGAUGCAAUUUCUCAUGGGGCUCCAUGAGAGUUUUAACAAGGAAAAGAGUCAAUUAUUGAUGAUGGAUCCGCUACCAGAUUUGGAAAAGGAAUUUUCAAUGAUUUUUGUUGUUGAACAACAACGGAAUGUGCAAGAUCAAUUUGCAGAUAAUGCUAACAAUUUAGCCUACCUGGUUACGAUGAGAGAUACCAGAAAGGAAGGUAUGAAGAAACAAGUGCAGAAACGAAAACCAUAUGUUGAUAAACGAUCCUUGGUGUGUCCACACUGCCAUAAAAUAGGUCAUCUACGUGACACAUGUUUUCAAAUUCAUGGAACUCCAGAAUGGUUUAAGUUGUUGAAUGAUAAGAAAAGGCAGCAUGGAGGACAAUAUAAUUUUUCUGGUAAUCUAGAAGCCAAAGCAGUGAAUAAAGUGGAGAAUGCAGCUUCUAGCAGUGAAUAA